UCACUUUUAGUAUCAUGAUACAUUGCAUGACUCAAGACUCUAUUUUGCUAAGCAAUCAGGAAGCAACUGAAUAAAAUGCCAGUAGGAGUAAAGCUAUGUGGAAUGAAUUGAAUUCGGCUCGAUGUCUUUUAAGUCGAAGAUGUUGCUCGGGAAGAGGCAGAGGCGGCCGGAGAUGCCGCGUACUCUGAGCAUAACAGAGUUUAUUCCUGAAGUUGGAGUUCUGCAAACAACAUGUGCAAAUCUGAAAGAUGAGAAAAUAGUGAUUACUGAUGAAUCUGAAGGAGCUCAAGAUUGGCUUAGCUCAAGACAUGUUACUAAUUUGUCGACGAUGAGAGGCCGAAAUAGGAGGAACUCUGCUGACUUUGUUGUCGUCGAUACUGCACCUUUCUUGAAGAAUUGCGGUCUUUGUAGGCGAAGACUCAGCCCCGGAAAAGAUAUCUUCAUGUAUAGGGGUGAGAUUGCAUUCUGCAGUCUUGAAUGCAGGGAACAACAGAUGAAGCAUGAUGAGAGAAAAGAGAAGUGGUCACUGGCAUCAAUGAAAAGAAACAUUAUAAAUCCUUCAUCACUGAUUACUGGGACAUUUGAACCCUCUUCUUAAUUAGUCUCUUAAUUAGCAUCCAAAUGCACUCUUGUUUUCCUGGCAUAUAUAUAUAUAUAUAUAUAUACACAUAUGAAAGUGUCAAUGCAAUGCUAUCUCUUAUUGACUUAAUUAUAUAUAUGAUUAUUACUAUUGUUGUGCUUUA